AUGUUUUACAUACAAUUCCAAUCUGAAGUUACAUGCAAUCACACCUGCAGAGGUCCAGAGUUAUGGGCACUGGUUUCCCAGCACUGCAGUGGCAAAUCUCAGUCUCCAAUUAACAUUGUUACAAGGAGAAUGUGACUAGAUGCUUCAUUUGACUUCAUUGGCUAUCAAGAGGCUUUUCACAGUUGCCUCAUCAACACCGGUCACAGUGUUCAACUGGAUUUACCCCUUGGUAUGAGGAUCAAAGGAGGGAAUCUAACUGCACCGUAUAAAGCAGUUCAACUUCACCUGCAUUGGGGCAAAGACGGAGGACUUGGGUCCGAACAUGUUGAUGGAGAACAAUUUCCAAUGGAGAUGCAUAUAGUCCACAUAAAAGAAGAAUAUGACUCUAUAUCCCAGGCUGUAAGAGACAACACAGGCGUGGCUGUUCUUGGAUUUUUCUUUCAGAAGUCCAAGUCUGCAAAUAAGAAGUUUGAUCCACUUAUUAAUGCUCUGAAAUACAUCACUCAACCCACCAACAGAACAACACUGAAGGGUGUGUCCCUGGAAAUGCUCACACUUCCUGAGAAGAAUAUGACCAAGUACUUUCGCUAUGAUGGCUCCCUCACUACACCCACAUGCGCUGAAGCUGUCACGUGGAGCUUGUUUGAAAACACAGUUCCUCUAAGCAGUAAGCAGCUUGCUGUAUUCGGCCAGCUUCAGUUUUCUAAUGGAAAGCCGAUGGUCCAAACCUACAGGCCCGUGCAGCCCUUGAAUGAACGGCAGGUGUAUUACUCCAGAGGCCAUCUUGCUCAGCUUAACAAUGUGUUACUCCUCACGUCUGUGCUGGUAUCCAGUGCACUCUCCCCGUCUCCCUCGAGUGUCACCUCCCCUGACCUCCACUAUGUGGCAGCACCAAACAAGUCUGAAUGA